AUGUCCAAUAUGCUCUUCGGUCAACAGAACCUUCGUGGGCAACGACACGCCCUUCUUCAAGAUCAAGUUGGAUUCUAUGUCCAUCUCGCCAGUCAGAACGAGCCUGUCCUAACUCUCAGCUCAAUGGGCGCUGCCCUGUCCACAACAUUGGAUCGGCCUCAUUCCUCGCAAGGAGGAGAGGUACUCACACCGGCUAUAUUACCUAUGGAUACUCUCCUUAGAGGCUUCGAUAUUGAACCGGUAGCUCCGAGUCCCGAACUUUAUCGUGACAUCUAUUCAAUGUUAAACUUCGGUGGCAUCAACAAUAUGAAUGUCACAGAAGAAGUCUCCAAUAGGGAACUGAUAAGAACAUAUGAAUCCUUUCAAACACAAACUAGUAACGAUCGGAUAUCGAUGCGACAGCCAUUGGGUCCUGGUACUUCAACCCAAGUGCCUCGAACUACGGGCUUCUCUUUCAAUCACCCUAACAACAACCAAAUUCUGCAGAAUAGCAACUACGCAAAUCAGCCCCUUGGGUCAUGUCAGGCGCAAAACCCCCGUGCAGCCUUCUGGCAGACACAAAAUCCCUCGGCCAAUUACGACAGAGCAAACUAUGCCCAGCCUCCUCCACAUUCAUACGGCCUCUCUAUUCCUACGGCUAAUGAUAACUCGUCAAACUCUGCUCUAUACGAACCCAUUGUUCCUAUGGCUGGUAACAACGGGUCAAACUUCGCCCAGUUUUCCCCUUCAGAUCCAGAUCCCCGGCGUCCAUAUGAGCACUGUGAUACUACGGGCACUCGGCACUGGUCGCAACCCAAUCAGCCCCCCAUUUGGGGUGCCCCAGUUCCACUUAUAAGUUAUGACCACUCGGUCCCUAUGGCUAACAACAACGGGUUGAGCUUCGCUCGGCCAUCCCCUGCGCGUGUCCCACCUCCACCUCCAUACGGCCACUCGGUCCCUAUGACUAAUGAAAGCCUGUCGAACUUCGCUCACCUCCCUCCUUCACACCUGCAUGGCCAUGGAGUGCCCUUCGUGGACGACAGACAGAGCCGCAUGGCCAAUGUUAACUCGUCAAACUCCGCCCAGUUCUCUCGUCAACGGCUACCAACCGCCCUGGAUCCGGUAGAUGGCCUUGGGGCCCGUAACAGCAUGCCAAACCCUGCCCCCCCUCCAGUCCAAGUCCGUCGCCAUGGGAUGAAUUCCUCUAAUCUGACACAAAUGGCGAUGGUCGGUCACCGCCACCAAAACCAGCUUCGAACUGGCUCGGUUCAAGCCCCUAGGUUAAGCCCCAAUUCAUCAAAUCAACAUGAGAGCAUAUCAGGGCCCAGCCAAAACACGACCACAUGGCCACAAUAA